GAUCGAAGCGACGAUACCCUCGCACUCGUGCGAGAACGCCACCAUAAAAGGCCCCAGCAAAAAAGGCUAAGGGCACCGAAGAAAAAGGCGGGAAACGAAGCCCUCUCCGCUCGAAAUUUCUCCCCAUCUUUCCCGCGCCCCGCCCUCCUCUCUUCGAUCGGGGCUCAGAUCCCGACCUUUGUUGCCCUAAUCCAUGGCGGAAGGUGUAGAUCUCGAUCUUCUACCCCAGAUCCUCUCCCUCGCCUCCGAUCGACUCCAAGUGAUUACGUAUAAGUGGCUCAGUCGCAACUUUUCAAUUUCCUCAAAUUGCGCCAAGGGGCUGCUUCAGGAAUUCGUUAAGAAACAUGGGGAAGAGUUAGAAGUGAUAUACACAUUGUCUGGAUGGUUAAAGAGCAACCCUCAAACCUACUGUGUCAAGCUUGCUUCAGGUCUUAAACUUGAGGAUGUGAGGAAGGAAUUUAAAGAUACCUGUUCAAUUCAGGUUUAUAGCGUCCAGGCUUGCAUCCCAAAGGAUGUUGCAGUGCUUUGGAGUGCGGAGUUUGUGCAAGCAGAAGAGCUCUUUAAUGAGCCCUCGAAUGAAGAAAAUUGCUUGAGGGAUAAUAGGUUUUGUGGUGUUUCAAAUUCCUUUGUCAAGCGUACUGUCAAUGGGAAACACGUCAGCCCCACCCCACCAAAGCCUGUGAUAGCUACAGGAGCAGCUUGGCAAUCUAAAUCUAGUAGUAUUCUAAAAGACCAGACUGUUCAUGUUCAACCUCCACAACAAGGACUAUCAGGACAAUCGAGUUCAAAGCAUGAGUCAACUGACAAAAGUGAUAUCGCCACUUCAGCAAAUAUUAACACAGCAAAUAAGCUGCCUCCUGUUAAAGAACCAACUGUUGCUGUUCUGACUAGCAAGCAAAAAGACCAAAACGGGAAGGACUCAUUAGGAAAUACUGGAUCGCUAGCUAGUCUGUGGGGUCGUGCAUCAGCAAAAUCAAAGCCACCAAAUUCUGCUACAGAAACUACUAAUGAUAUUCCCAGUGUUUCUGUGACAGCUGAAGCUCAAAUACGUGCAAAAGAAGCAGCAAAUGCUGCUAGCAGUGAUGAUGAACAUGAUGCGAAUUUGAGGAGGGAAUCAAAUCAUGCAAGUGGUAGAAAGAGGAGGGUUGUUUUUGAUUUUUCAGAUGAUGAUGAUGAGGAAAAUGUAGUUAGCCUUGCAUCUCCAGAUUCUCCUAAAAAGCAUGUAGCAGCUGCCUCGACUAAUGCUGAGAACUUGACUCUGAAGGAAACAAGUUUAGCACAGAAAAGAGAGACUCUGGAGAAAAGGCAAGAGAAUGUUAAGGGCCUGAAUUCAGACUUGUCAUCAAAAGCUAACAUGAGUAGUGGGGGCAAUAGUAGCAAUGGAGGCAUUACCUUAAAAUUGAAGAAUCAGAGUGACAACUCAGAACCAAAUGCAAAUGAAAAUAAUACAGAUCAGACCACCAAUGCUGCUUCUGCCUCACCCAAGAGGAGGAAAGUGUUGAAGACACGGAUUGAUGAGCGAGGAAGAGAAGUAACCGAGGUUGUUUGGGAGGGUGAAUUAGCUCCAAGCGAGAAAACAGAUAAGCAUACUGCAACCGAUAAUGCUGGGAACAGGCCUACGGCCGCUAAUAAACGGCAGGCAGCUGUGAGCAGUAAUCUGCCGAGCAAGACUGCUGGUAACAAGAAGCCAGCAAAGGCGGGCGGGAAGGAUCCCAAGCAAGGGAACAUCUUGUCCUUCUUCAGGAAAAUCUGAGUGUAUCUGUAUGAAGUAUCUUCCAUAGCUUCAGCAGUCAUAAUUAAUGUGCGGCACUGGAAAAUUUUGUGGGGGUGUGUGUGAGGUGCUGCCAUAAAGAGGUUGGAGCUUUGGCUUGCGGGAAAUAGAGAAUCUGCUGUAAGUCGACAGUCGACACUGUUUGAGAUAAUCUUGUUCUCCAGUGAGAUCUUAAUGAUGAUUAUUAUUAUAACAAAUCGUGCAGCAUAUCCAUGGCGACUCAAUGUUUGUUUUUGCAUGACAAAAAUAUUAUGAAAUUGUGAUAUUGUAUGGUCGUACUUAUACCGACAA